AUGGAGAACUGUUCUUCGAGAAAGCAGCAACGAAACGUCGACAACCCGGGUCCCUCUACUUUCAACACUCAGCGGUAUGCGACGCGAGCACGACUGGAUCCCGAAGCACCACAAGUUCACGUCGACCGCGCAGAAGCAUACGGCAAUGCUCGGACACUGAAUGGGCAUGUCCACGGCCACGUGGUCCACGGAGACGAAAAGGAGAAUCGCGAUAAGCUGAUCGAGCUUCUGCAUUUCCCGCAACUGGAUGUCCGCCUUAAUACCCUGAAGCCUGCACAGCGGAGGACGUACGAAUGGUUGGCACAACGACAAGACUAUAUUCGAUGGAUGGAUUCCGAUUCUGAACAUCUCGAGGAGAGUGAUGGCUUCUUCUGGAUCCGGGGAAAUCCGGGAACUGGGAAAUCGAUUGCCAUGAAGUUUCUGUACCGAAAGUUGGAAAGUACGAUCAAGAGACGUCAAAUCGAGGAUACGUUGAUCAUAUCCUUUUUCUUCAACGCUCGCGGCAGCAACUUGGAGAAAUCGACUCUGGGCCUCUAUCGUUCCCUUCUAUACACGGUGUUUUCCUUGGAUCCAAGUUUGAAAGAGACUUUCAACCACUACCGAAGCAACAGUUAUGAUGGUAUUCUUCAACAAGGGGAAUGGACAAAUGAACAUGAGCAAAUGCUCCUGGAAAUAUUUGAGGAAGCACUAGGCCUGCUUGGUAACAAAGGGCAUCGUCUAUAUUGCUACAUGGAUGCCCUGGAUGAAUGUCCUGAAAGGGAAGUUAGAGAGAUGAUCUCAAACUUUGAAGACCUCAUCGGCAGGACGGAGACUCAGAACUUCCGUGUCUGCUUUUCAAGCCGACACUACCCUCAGAUCCGUAUAAGAACAAGCCUUACCGUCACGCUUGAGAGGGAGCACAGCCAUGAGAACGACAUCAAGACUUUCAUCGAUCAGAGGUUGGAGUUGGCUGAUGAUAUCGACCAAGAUACUGUGGCCAAAUUGGAGGCUGAUAUACUGGCCAAGUCGAGUGGAAUCUUUCUCUGGGUCAACUUGGUUGUUUACGAGCUAAACGAGGUGAACCGGAGCGGCGGCACCAUCGACGAGGUAUGGGGCCGCCUGAGAGAGAUACCCAAAGCAGCCAAGGAGACGGAGCCACCCAACGGAGCCAAGCCCCUCUACACACUCUUCCGAGACAUCAUCAAGAGAAACAACAAAAGUGUCCCGGAGCUCGUUCGACUAGUCCAGCUUGUUUACUGUGCGACACGACCAUUAUCUCCCAGAGAACUCUAUGUUGCUCUGCAACAAACCCACCACCAUCCCUUCAAUUCUCAGCAGGUCACAUACAAUGUCUUGAAGAAGCGGAUUCUGGAUGCAUCGAAAGGCCUUGCGGAAAUCACAAAGUCCGAAGAGCCAACCGUACAAUUCAUUCACGAAACUGUGCGAGAGUUUCUCGAGGAUGGAGGAUUGAAGGCCGUGUCUAACGAGUUGGUCGACGUUCAUGGGCACGAGAUGAUCAAGACAAGCUGCAUGCACCAAAUCUGUGCGCCAAUGGAAGAACAUCUCCCAUUGCUUACGGCCUAUCGUGAGAUAUUGAACAGUAAUAAAGGCUAUCGCGCCUCCAAGAACAUCGCCGAAGAUGACCGAAAAGUAUUUCUGCAGCAGAGCCGAGAGAAGUUCCCCUUUUUGAAGUACGCGGUGGAGAACGUCUUGUUCCAUGCGAACCAGUCCAAGGCAUUAGGAAACAACCAAGCCAGCUUUCUUGAAUCCUGUGCCGCCUCACCCUGGGUUGCUUUGCACAACCUAUUCAAGUAUCGAACAAGCAGCUUCUACUCAGCCAAUACUCCGAUACUAUACAUUCUCUCUCGUUACGGAUGCGAUCACUUGAUCGAUGAGCCAACAGUUUCGAAAGCAGAAUACGCUCGUGAAUGGCCAAUGGAGGAGUUUUCAUCACCUUUCGUUUGUGCCAUGUACAACAACCAUCCGGAUACGGCACGGGCUUUGGCCGGCCUAGGUCCCAAGAAGGAUUAUCGAAACAGCACAGGUCUCUCAUGGGCAAACUAUGAGCCAUCAGAACCCUUGUGCCUGUCAAUUCUAAGAAUGGGAGACUAG